AUGUGCGAAAUGAUGCUGCAGCCCUUCAUGAAGCCCUUGCGGGUCUUCUCGGACAUAUCUCUGACGGACUUUAACACCUUGCUUACGAAAGCCGAGGGGCGUGACAAGCUGGCGCGUGUCUUCCAAUACUUUUCGCGAGCCAUCGUCGGAAGUGCAGCCUAUCUGCAGCCGACGGCAGGGACUUUACUGGCCACACUUGAAGGAAAUGCAAGGACAGUUAUGGUCCAGUUGGCAAGUGCACGGCGAACUCACCGAUGGUGCAAGGAGUUCCCGGUGAUACAGAGCUUGCCACAGUGUUUCAAAGUCGUGGACCCUGUCGACCGGCUUUUUGAGCUGCUGCAGAAGGCAUCCUUGGCCGCGUUUUUAAUGAUCGACCAUAUCGGCAUGCUGAAGCAGUGGAAGAUUCUGUCUGGCGGCAAAAGGGCCGGAACAGGCACCAUUCAGCUGGGGUUGAAGAUAUUUACAUUCUGCAACAUAGUCGGGCUUCUCUACCAGCUGAAAAAGAUCAAGGACAUAGGUUUGGAGGAAGAGAAGCGUGAUCAGCUAGGGAAGUGCUGGGAGACAGCAGUGAAGCAUGCCCUGAUAUGUGUCCAAACGGCUCACCUGUCUCUCCUGUAUCCCACGCACGACCUCAUCGUGGGUGUGUGCGGUAUAUUUAGCAGCAGCCUAGAUGUGUGUGCGCAGCUUCCUGCCAAGCCUGCGGCGAAGGCAAAGGACGACACCAAAAGCAAAUGA